CCUCAUUCCCUCGCGCAGCCGUCGUCAACACAACUGGAGGAAAUAACGAGAAGCUAGCCUGGCUAACAAACAGUAACGGCUACCGAUAACACCGAGUUUGCUAUUCCUCACAACUCAACCAAACGCUGUGUUUGUCCUUUAUCGACACCUUGACUGAGCAAUUUAGUUGCAGUUUCAGUUACCAUGGAGUGAAGGAGGACAUGGUUUGGCUAGGUAGCUUGCUAACUUUAAUGCUAGCAUGCUAACGAUCAGCUGUUGUUUUGGUCGGAGAGCUAGCUAACCGCUUAGCAUUACAGACACCAGAUUUCCUCAUUCCCUGUCGAAACUAUUGAAACUGCUCCGUCGGUUAAUGGCGACACAUAAAGGCGUCCCACCCUGACAGACUAAUCAGCGGUCCGUCGGUCAACUGUUGUCCCGACAGACAUCCAAUCUGUGUGGGAUCGAUCCAUCAGAGCGCUCUGUAAUUGAAUAUAUAGCUUCAAAAUGCAUGACGCAUAUGAACCAGUGCCUAUUUUGGAGAAGCUUCCUCUUCAGAUUGACUGUCUGGCGGCCUGGGAGGACUGGCUGCUCGUGGGAACAAAGCCAGGGCAUCUCCUUCUCUACCGGAUAAAGAAGGAUGCGGGCACCAACCGGUUUGAGGUGACCCUGGAAAAAUCCAAUAAGAACUUCUCAAAGAAGAUUCAGCAGCUUUACGUUGUCUCACAGUACAAAAUCCUCGUCAGCCUUCUAGAGAACAACAUCCACGUCCAUGACCUCCUGACCUUCCAGCAGAUCACCGUGGUGUCCAAAGCCAAAGGAGCCACGCUGUUCGCCUGUGACCUGCAGCAAACCAGCAGCGGGGAGGAAAGGUUGAGGAUGUGUGUGGCGGUGAAAAAGAAGAUCCAGAUGUAUUACUGGAAGGACAGAGACUUCUACGAGCUGCAGGGGGACUUUGGUGCACCGGAUAUUCCAAAGUCCAUGGCCUGGUGUGAAAACUCCAUAUGUGUUGGUUUCAAGCGAGACUAUUACCUCAUCCGGAUGGACGGCAGAGGCACCAUCAAGGAGCUCUUCCCUACUGGUAAGCAGCUGGAGCCACUGGUUGCCCCAUUGGCUGAUGGGAAGGUGGCUGUCGGCCAGGAUGACCUCACCGUGGUGCUGAACGAGGAAGGCGUCUGCACCCAGAAGUGCGCCCUCAACUGGACAGACAUCCCUAUAGCAAUGGAGCACCAGCCUCCGUACAUCAUCGCGGUGCUCCCUCGGUACGUGGAGAUCCGGACGUUUGAGCCCAGGCUGCUGGUGCAGAGCGUGGAGCUGCAGAGACCUCGCUUCAUCACCUCCGCCGGGCAGAAUAUUGUGUAUGUUGCCAGCAACCACUUUGUGUGGCGCCUGGUGCCGGUGUCCAUUGCCACUCAGAUCCGGCAGCUUCUUCAGGACAAGCAGUUUGAGCUGGCUCUGCAGCUGGCGAUGAAGGACGAUUCUGACGGGGAUAAGAAGCAGCAGAUCCAUCACAUCCAGAAUCUCUACGCCUUCAAUCUGUUCUGCCAGAAGAGGUUCGAUGACUCCAUGCAGGUGUUCGCCAAACUGGGCACAGAUCCCACCCACGUGAUCGGGCUGUACCCCGACCUGCUGCCCUCAGAUUACCGCAAACAGCUCCACUACCCAAACCCUCUGCCCACUAUGUCCGGGGCCGAGCUGGAGAAGGCUCACCUGGCCCUCAUCGAUUACCUCACACAGAAACGCAGCCACCUUGUGAAGCAGCUGAACGACUCCGACCCCUCGACGACCUCUCCGCUCAUGGAGGGCACGCCGACCAUCAAGAGCCGCAAGAAACUCCUUCAGAUCAUCGACACCACGCUCCUGAAAUGUUACCUGCACACCAACGUGGCCCUGGUGUCCCCGCUCCUCCGUCUGGAAAACAACCACUGCCACAUCGAGGAGAGCGAGUAUGUCCUGAAGAAAGCCCACAAGUACAGCGAGCUCAUUAUCCUCUACGAGAAGAAAGGCCUGCACCGGAAAGCUCUUCAGGUUCUUCUGGACCAGUCCACGAAGGCAAACUCUCCUCUGAAGGGCCACGAGCGCACGGUGCAGUACCUCCAGAGACUGGGAGUGGAGAAUCUGGGAAUAAUCUUCGAGUUUUCUCCCUGGGUGUUGAAGAUCUGUCCUGAGGACGGUCUGAAGAUCUUCACGGAGGACCUGACCGAGGUGGAGACGUUGCCCCGAGACAAGGUGCUGAACUUCCUGAAGGAGGGGUUCAAGGAGCUGGCCAUCCCGUACCUGGAGCACAUCGUGUACGUGUGGGACGACAAGGGCCCUGAGUUUCACAACGUGCUGAUCCAGCUCUACCUGGAGAGGGUGCAGGGCCUCAUGAAGCAGUACCUCAACUCCCUGCCUGAAGGAGUUCCUGCUGUGGCUGCGGGGAAGGAGGAGGGAGAUCUGGGCGAGUUCAGGAACAAGCUGCUGUCCUUCCUGGGUAUUUCCACCAGCUACGAACCGUCCAGACUCAUCAGCGACUUUCCCUUUGACGGGCUGCUGGAGGAGCGGGCGCUGCUGCUCGGUCGCAUGGGUAAACACGAGCAGGCGCUCUUCAUCUACGUGCACAUCCUGAAAGACACACACAUGGCUGAAGAAUACUGUCACAGCCAUUACAACAGCUCAGUCGAAGGGGAAAAAGAUGUGUAUCUGUCGUUGCUGCGGAUGUACCUGUCCCCUCCCGACGUCCACUGCCUGGGGCCGAUCAAUAUGGAGCUGUCGGAGCCUCAGGCCAACCUGCAGGCGGCGCUGCACGUCCUGGAGCUGCACCACAGCAAGCUCAACACCACCAAGGCCAUCAACCUGCUCCCCGCUAACACUCAGAUCCGAGAGAUCCGGGUGUUUCUGGAGAGCGUCCUGGAGGAGAAGGCUCAGAGGAAACGCUGCAACCAGGUCCUGAAGAGCCUGCUGCAGGCCGAGUUCCUCCGGGUGCAGGAGGAGAGGAUCUUCCACCAGCAGGUGAAGUGUGUCAUCACAGAGGAGAAGACCUGCAGAGUCUGCAAGAAGAAGAUAGGAAACAGCGCCUUCGCCAGGUAUCCCAACGGCGUGGUGGUGCACUACUUCUGCUGCAAAGACCGCACCGUGUGUCCCACGGAGCAGUAACACCUGCACACAGAAACAACAACUGUUUACUAAUAAAUAACCUCCUCUGCUGCUCUGCGGAUGUUCGGAGGAAGGUUUCCAGGAUGCAGCGCCUCACAGGAGCGCAGCAGACAUUUCUUUUGCCCUCGGAACAAGACUUCACAGGCUGGGGUUUUUUCUGUCUCUGCAUGAAGGAACACGAGGAAUGUGCCGGCCGCUCUGCAGGAGGGGACAAUCACAGGCUGACAUUUGAAAAGCACGUAACGCUCGGAGAGACUCACUUCACAUCGCUCCUGACGGACGCCGAGAGGAAGCAAAGGCUCGUUCUCACCUUGAGAUGUUUUAGUUUUAUUUAACCUCCUCCUCCUGAGACUCUGUGGGAAGCAUCGCUCUGCAGGAGUUCAGUUCAAAGGCCUUCUGUGACUCUGAUUGUACUCACAUGAUUUGUGUUAGCAUGUCUCGCACACGUUACAGUUUUUAAUUUACACAUAUGAGGCGACUUCUACUACUAACAUGGUUCAUUAUUCAAAGCGAUGUCGUUACAGUCGUUCAUCUUCAUCUCUUCGAUCUCCUUUAUGUGGUGUCAUGAAAGUGAUACUACGGGGAAAAAAAAUAAUAAUAAUUCAUCAGAGAAAAACUUGGAUAUUGUCUGAGAUUAAAAACGUAAAUAAACAAGAUUUUUUUAAAUAUUCUCUGAGGUUAUAAAGUGAAAAUAUGUGAGAGAAAAGCCCUCUAAAAUAAUGCCUUUUUUAAUUUCAUGUGUGUCUUCUUCACCGUAGCUAUGACGGUGAUAAACGGUAUAAAAGAUAAAGCAUGAGGGUCAUAUUACACACACACAUGAAAUACUCUCUGAGAAUAUCAAGUCUUAAAUAUUUAAUGAAAAGCUCAAAGUUUGCAAUAAAAAAAUCUCUGAAAGUCAGAAAUAUUUAUUCAAACUCCAAGUGAUGACUUUAAUCUCUAGCUUUUCCAUGAAUGGAUAACCUGCUCAUACACCAUCCUCUCUGUAUUCAUGGUUUGUGUUUCCCAGACCUUAUGAAGUAAAACUCAUUUAAAGCGGGACUAUGUCACUUUUGAACAGCGGUCAAUGGUAACCAUCGUCUCAAACAAAUGUCUCCGGUUAAUUAAAAACAUCAUCAAUAAAUCUAUUGAAGCAAUCAACUAAACAGAAAUGAACAGUUAAUUAAAACUGAUUUGGUUUAAAGACGACAACAAUAACGUGUUUCACAUCUUCAUGAUUUUUGUACGACAUAACAUUCAAUGUAUUUGUCUUUUUCUUUCAUAUUCUCCACUAAACGAUGGAUUGAGUCCAAUAAUGGAGUGAAUCGCAGCGUUGGUACAGAAGCACAAAUGCAGAUGAGCGUCUCAUUAAGGCGUUCAUAAUCAAUAUCUUUUAGAGGUUACAUAGUCCCGCUGUGAGACAGUUCCCAAAGUUACAGCACUUUAAAAAUGGACGGAUGUUUUAUUUAAUGUCAAAUCACACGUGUGUAUGAAGAGCUGAAAGGGGGAAGAAUAAAGGCACUAUCAUUAUGAGACCCCGGGUCAGAGCAGUUCAAAUGAAAGUGGAUUUUCAUGAGUUAAAUGUGUGUUUUGACCCCUGAAUCACGCAACUUUCUCCCACCAGUUGUAGCAUUACCUUCAUCUCCUGCUGCUUCAAAACACUCUCCUCCUCUUCUACUCUUUAAAAGUUUGCACACUUCCUCGCUACGACUGUUGCUGAAAUCUCCUUUUCAUUCAGAGGGGGAUUCAUCCCGCUGUGAGUAUACUGUAUAUAGACUGAGAGCGUCUGUCUGUUUGGCUUUAAUCAGAAAUAAAGAACGAUCUCCGCUCAUGUUGGUGUAAAUUAACCUGA